AGUGCCACAACCGCACGGUCUAUCCGUGUCAUUUUACUUAGUGAGUCGUCACCCUUUUGUAAAAAAAAUACUGAAUGGCUUCAAGUAUCGGUAGGAAUGGUGUUCAGGUAUAUAGUUCUGACCUGGUCUCGCUACAUCAUCAUAGCCACCACUACCAGCAGCAGCAGCCUGUAAAGAAGACAUAUAAGGAAGGCACGAAAAAAGAUGGGACUGUGGAUGCCUAUUGGUCCAGGCCUGAAUCUCGAAUCUGGACUGUGAUGUUACUGCUUGGGACUUGUUUACUCUACUGUGCCAGGGUGACCAUGCCUAUCUGUGCUGUGGCCAUGAGCAGUCACUUCGACUGGGACAAGAAACAGUCCGGCAUUGUUCUGAGCAGCUUCUUCUGGGGCUACUGCUUAACUCAGAUCAUCGGAGGGCACCUCAGCGAUCGGAUCGGAGGAGAAAAAGUCCUCCUCCUCUCUGCAUCUGCCUGGGGUUUCAUCACCGCCAUCACUCCGCUGCUCACCUAUAUCAGCUCUGCCCACCUGAUUUUCAUGACAAUAGCUCGAUUCCUCAUGGGACUACUGCAAGGAGUGUACUUCCCUGCCUUGGCCAGCCUCUUUUCUCAGAAGGUCCGUGAGAGUGAGCGAGCUUUCACGUGCAGCACAGUAGGGACUGGCUCUCAGUUUGGGACGCUGGUGAUUGGUGGGGCAGGGUCCCUCCUUCUGGACUGGUAUGGCUGGGAAAGUGUCUUCUAUUUCUCUGGAUUACUCACUUUGCUCUGGGUUUACUGCAUGUGCAAAUACCUCCUGAAUGAAAAAGAACUCAUCAUUCGCUUAGAACAUUUAGCAAAGGGCCUCUCGUUAUCCAAACAGACCAAAGUUCCCUGGAAGCAGUUAUUUAAAAAGGCCCCUAUCUGGGCUGUCAUAGUAGCUCAGCUUUCUACGGGCAGCACAUUUUUCACCCUCCUCUCCUGGUUGCCAACUUUCUUUAAGGACACGUUUCCCGAGUCUAAGGGCUGGGUGUUUAACGUAGUGCCAUGGCUGGUUGCAAUCCCAACAAGUUUGUUUAGUGGAUUCCUGUCUGAUCACCUGAUCAAUCAGGGCUAUAAAACGAUCACCGUUCGUAAGUUCAUGCAGGUCAUCGGAUCAGGCGUAUCAAGCAUUUUUGCCUUGUGCAUGGGUCAGACAUCCAGUUUUUGCAAAGCUAUAGUAUUUGCAUCUGUCUCAAUUGGACUUCAGACCUUUAACCACAGUGGCAUUUCAGUCAACGUACAGGAUCUGGCUCCAUCGUGUGCUGGCUUGUUGUUUGGCAUUGGAAAUACAGGUGGAGCCCUAUUAGGUGUCGUUUGUGUGUAUUUAGCCGGUCAUCUGAUUGAAACCACUGGUUCUUGGGUUUCUGUUUUCAACCUUGUGGCUACAGUUAAUGCCCUGGGGCUCUGUACAUUCCUGAUCUUUGGAGAGGCCCAAAGGAUGGACACAGACUCUGCAUACAUAGAUCUAUAGUCGCUGUAAAGAUGAGUUCAGCAAAUGAAAUCUGUUGAAGGGUUUAGGACUGUAAUUUCUAUUGAUAGCUGUUGUGCAAAUGGUUGUUUGCAGAAGAGAAUAUUAUUAUUUUGUAGAAUUUAAAUAGAAAAAAAUCUAUUGAGAGAAUAUUACGGGCCUGAACUAAACCCAGAGGAGGGAGGAAAUCCAGAGUUAAAACUUUGCUCAGGGGAUGGCUGAUGAGUUAUAGAGCCUUUCAGCUCUAGGUCACCAGUUUGAAUUUGUAGCAGAGGGGUAGCCGUGUUA